GUUAUGUUAACGUUAGAUUCAAACAAGUGGUUAGCUGGAAAUAUGUCAAUAUGACGUCGUGUUGUCCCGUUAACGUUAACUUCUUUCAAUCGACACGUCAUUAUUCUCGAAAGUUUUAAGUGUUAAGUUGUAAACAUAUAUUUUGUGAAGGUUUCAUUCAAUCCUGUCUUGGCGUUAGAGGACAACUUUUAUUAACAGGAGCUUUAACGUUAGCUUAGCUAACGUUACGUUAGCCUCUAGCUCGGCUUACAAUAACAUAGUUGUGAUACCACAGCCAGCAGAGUUGAGUGAAUUAACUUUGGCCUGACAGUAAUGUGUGCUGUGUUUUUAAAACUCUGAUGGAUUCACUGAAACAGUUUGGACUAUAGACUCCUAGCACCGUCUACCACUUUUCCUCCAAGUAGCUGAAGUAGUUAAACUGCGGCCCGCACAAUGUCCGGCUCCCCGGGCACAGGUGGCUCAAACCCCAGGAAGUUCAGCGAGAAGAUAGCGCUGCACAACCAGAAGCAAGCAGAGGAGACGCGGGCCUUUGAACAGCUGAUGACAGACCUCACUGUGUCGAGGGUGCAGUUUCAGAAGGUCCAGCAGCUUCGUUUGACUCAGUCACGGGCGCAGUACUAUGGCUCUCUGCCCAACGUCAAUCAGAUUGGAAACACCAACACCGAAUUCCAGGGUGGCUUUCCGUCAGGAUUGGACUCGGUCAGAGGCACACGCCACCAUGGGCUAGUCGAGAGGGUCCACAGGGACCGCAACCGCAUCACCUCUCCCCAUCGCCGACCCAUUGAUAAGCACGGACGGCAGAUAGAGAGCUCUCCAUAUGGAGCAGUGUACCUGUCCCCACCUCUGGACAACAGCUGGAGAAGGGAACAGCAGCCAUGGACUGAGGAAAAACGGCCUGGGUUUAGAUUAAUAUCACAACUCAACAGAACCAACUCAGACUCUGCUCUUCACACAAGUACCAUGAACCCAAACCCUCAGGAUCCCUUUGGUAUGAACCAGCAGAUGGGUCGAGGUCCCCCCCAACGAAAUGGCUGGCAUGCAGCUAGUGUAAAUGAAGCAGAGGUGGAUAGCUCUGGAAAUGUCUUCUCCUUCCCCACCCUGACUAACGAGGAGAAUCUAAUUGGUGUCAGUAAGCCCCUUCCCAAACAGCUGUGGGAGGCCAAGAAGGUUCAGUCUUUGGCAUCAAGGCCUAAAUCGUGUGAAGUGCCUGGAAUCAAUAUAUUCCCGUCUCCAGAGCAGACCCUUGGACUGUCCCAGUAUCAGGGCUUGUUAAAUACAGGCGGUUCCCUGCCCGACCUCAGCAACCUGCACUUCACCUCACCACUCUCCACCCCGCUGGACCCUGAGGACAAUGGCGGGUACCCCAACCUCAGCGGGGGCAGCAGCACCGGAAACCUGCCGGCCGCCAUGAUGCACCUGGGCAUAGGCAACUCGCAGGGUCUCUCCUCCUCUCUGAGCAAUCCCUCAAUUCAGGCGUCCCUCAACAACUGCCAGCUGCAGUCGUCACUCAGCAAUCCCUCCAUCAACUCAUCCUUGCGUCUGUCUAGCAACUCUCCCCGGCGACGGCCCGCUCCCAUCAGCCCCCUCACCCUGUCUCCCGGCACAGAGCAGCGCAGGGGUCUGGCCAAGCAGCUGUCUCCCACCAUGUCCCCCUCGCUGUCCCCCAUUACACAGGGAGUUGCUUUGGAUACCAGCAACAUGCCAAGGGAGCCGCCCCCACCCUAUCCACUUUACCAACAAUCCCAGCAUGCAGUGGACCAGGGCCGACAACAACACCAGCAGCAACAGCAACAGCAACAGCAGCCUGUUUCCCCACUUCAGAGCAUCCCUCUAGACUUCAACACAAGUCAACACAACAACCUCGCGACACUCUUCAGCGACCCCUUCAUGGAGCCACAGUACUCCAAUCGUCAGACCAAGACACACCCGUAUCAGUUGGACCAGUUCACUCUGUUGGAAAACACAAUUAGCUCCACAGCAGGGGGUUCUUGCUUCGACCCUUCCUCUGCUUCCUCCUUGCUCUACUACUCCCAGGCUGCCCUCUCAGGGCUGGGUGGCAGCCUGCAGGACCCAGUGCACACAAGGUCCAACAUGCUGUACUCCAACUGCAGCGGAGGACUGCCCAACAUCAUACUCACUGAUGACUCCAACCCCAGUCUCUCAAAGGACAUCAGCAGUGCACUCACCACAGUGCCUGAAUGUUUUGACUCAGAAGGAGGCUUCCCGUUGGAGGACGAGCUGCGCAUCGAGCCCCUCAGCCUGGACGGUCUGAGCAUGCUCAGUGAUCCUGACAUGGUGCUGCCCGACCCAUCUGUGGAGGAUACUUUCCGCAGUGACAGACUCUGAACUUAAAGAGAAUUACAGCUCCCAAGAAAUAGAACACACACACACACACACACACACACACACGGACAGACUUGCAUGUAUAUGUGUGUAUAAUGUACAAAUCUAAAUAUGCAUGCAAACAAUCUAUAGGGCCACUGUGCAUGCAUCCACUGCCACUAAGAUUCAUUAAAUGUGAAAGACACCAAGUACACGGUCAUGCACACACACUUUUAAGGAGGAGACUUGUGAACAAACACUGUUUACACCAGCUUCAUGCAAAGUUACCCUCUCACAUGUUCCAGCUCCUAAUUCUUAGACAUUAGCUUAUAUGAGGUGGAUCAAUACAUUAUGGGGUUUAAAAUCAGCUCUGGGAACAGAAAGCGCUCCAGCUCCACCAGCCCCGCCAGCCCCGCCAGCCCCACCCCCAAAACAAAAAGACUCACAUCAACACGUGAGACCAGUACAGCAAGGAGCCAAAGCCCUCCCGCUUCCCUCUCUCUCAUCACCAGCUCACAGCCCCCCUGAAGACAUGGCAACCUCAUCACCAUGGUUACACACCAUAGCAACCCCAUUGCCAUUUUGAAGAGCAGCGGGAAUGCCAACACACACACUUUACUUUCCUUCCAGCUCCAGUUAAUGAGACAAUGGGUGCAGUGACCGUCCACAGCUGGAGCAGUAACGUGUGUCACUGGUUCAGCAUCUGGCAGCCCAGUUUUCUUCAGGUGAAGUAAAAACCAGCUGUGCUGUGACUACUUCAGGCCCUAGAACAAUUAUGGUAAAAAUGAAAACUAGGGAGAUUAGAGCUUUAGUUUGAAAUGUAUUUCUUUACAUGAGAUUAUUAGUUUCAGAUUAUUUUUUGAAUAUUUGCCACAGAUCUAUAAAUUUAUAGGUACAUAUAUAUCAAACUAACUAUUCAAACUAGAAACAAAAAGGGUAAACUGCUUACAAAAAAUAGAUUUUCAUUAGUAAAUUUUACUUAAGAUUUAUGACUUUCUAAUUAAGAGGUAGAAUUUGGUUGGAUAUUCCAAUGGCUGUGUCAGCUGUGAUUUCCUCUGGCAGAACUUUGACAACACUGGGACAGCGUCAAAAUCCAUUUUAAAAAAAGGAACUUCACAUUUUUUGAGUUGUUUUUUGAAAAUACUUCUAUGUACAUCUAUUGCAUAUGUUUUAUUUUACAUUUUGUACUGACCUAUAAUGGCGCUUUUACUGUAUUUUAAAUCUUGUUGUAAAUAAGGGCAUGCGCUGUGCAUAUAUAUAUAUAUACUAUAUAUAUAAUAUAUAUAUAUAUAUAUAUAUAUAUAUAUAAACAACCCCAACCCCCUGAACAGUCAAAGUGAUUCAUUCCGAGAGCAGACUAUAAUCAUGUGGACAUUGGAUAUCAUGUAACAUUGCACUUAACCUCUUUUGCACUAAUUGGUUCACAUUGUGUAGAUUUAUCUUUUAAUACCAGGUGAGAAUGUUAUAGUUUUUCCUUUUUUACUUGAUAACCCAAAGAAGUUGAAUGAAGCCAUUAGUAAGUAAAGUGAGACGUUAUAUGACUAAAUAUGUCUCAUCAUUGCACAUACACACAUUUGAAAACACCAGCAACAGGUGUUUAAUUUUAAUUUUGUUAUGAUGUGAGAAAACUGAAUUUCAAUAUUCUAGGCUUUGAUUACAUGGUCUAAAGUAAUGUUUUUGAAAAGUGCUCAUAUUUACAGUGGACUGUGUAAUAACUAGGCCAGUUAGAAUGUUGAGUGCCCCCUGCUGUCUGUUUUAAUAAAGUCAGAGCUUUUUUUAAUGUUUCUGUUAAAGAUUCUAGAGCAAAUAUCUUUGCUCCUCAAGCUAUGCAACUUUUUUUUUCAAUGAAACAGGUUGUUGAACACCUGUUGAACAGGUGCAGCUUGUACAUCAGGCAGUGAAGCAUGGCUUGCAGCUUCAUUUUAUGUGCACAAUGUGGGGGGAUCAAAUUUGCUAGAACUCCCAAUAUUACAUGUGUCCAGUGUCCACAGUGUGUGUUGAGUGUCUGCUCCUGCAGGUUGUGAAUCUAACUAAUCAGCAGUCAGAGGACAAAAGCAUCUGUAGAGAGUGAUUUAAAGUAAUGUGUGCCACAUGAUGGACAGCGGACGCUUUGCACUGUUUGUUUUAUUUUUUACUUGUCAGUCAGAAGGUGUGGUAACUGCACUGUGUGGCUUCUUUUGAGUGGAUAAAAGAGACUCGGUGUGUUUAUUUGUCAAAUACAAAAUGAGGAGGGGUGUUGGGGAGGUUGAUUUCUAAGAGUUUCUAUUCACUUUCAGCUAUAAUAAAUUGUGCUCUCUUGUUAGCUCUCUGAGACAGUGGGUGAGCGAUGGAGCCACUUUGCAGUUUAAUUAUCCUUGUUUAUGAUGUUUGUCUAUCCCAGCCCAUUUCCUGCUGUCUCAACGCUGCCUUCUACUGCCUUAAUUUGACUUUUUAUAUUCCAGCAGUAACCUGUAUCCACUAGUAAUCCUCCUUUUCGCUUAAGCUCUGUUUGGUACAAACUGCCUAUUGUCCUUUUCUGUCUACUGGUGUCACUGUUUCUUUCCUUUUUUUUUUUGUUUCUUACUUUUUUAGUUGCAUAUUAAAAAUGUACAGUUCUGUUAUUUAAAGAAUGUUCUGGUCCACUAGUGUUACUUUUUUUUUGUAAUGUCAUUUGAGUUUGUUUUUCUUCGAGAUAUAAAUGUUAUUGGUUUGUAACGUAUGUUAUAGUGCUUAUCUUUCUGAUUUAAUAUAAACAAUAAAACUCUAUACAAUGU